AUGGUGGUGACCACGUCUGCCCGAGGCGGCGGCGGGGACCGCGCGCCCUCCCGGCGGCGGGGCUGCGGGUUCGCGCCGGCCGGGGCCGCGGCGCUGCUGGCCGGGGCGAGCUGCCUGUGCUACGGCCGCUCCCUGCAGGGCGAGUUCGUGCACGACGACGUGUGGGCGAUCGUGAACAACCCCGACGUGCGGCCAGGCGCCCCGCUCCGCUGGGGCAUCUUCACCAACGACUUCUGGGGCAAGGGCAUGGCCGAGAACACCAGCCACAAGUCCUACCGGCCGCUCUGCGUCCUCACCUUCAAGCUAAACAUAUUUUUGACUGGCAUGAACCCGUUCUACUUCCAUGCAGUAAAUGUAAUUUUACACUGCUUAGUGACUCUUGUGCUGAUGUACACCUGUGAUAAAACUGUCUUCAAGAAUCGUGGACUCGCUUUUGUUACGGCGUUGCUUUUUGCUGUGCAUCCUAUUCACACAGAGGCGGUGGCUGGGAUUGUUGGCAGAGCUGACGUGUUAGCGUGUCUGCUGUUCCUUUUGGCCUUUCUCUCCUACAAUAGGAGUCUGGACCAGGGCUGUACUGGGGAAUGUUUCCCUCCCACGGCCUCUCCCUUCUUCCUGCUGCUCAGUUUGUUUCUGGGGACCUGUGCGAUGCUGGUGAAGGAGACGGGCGUCACCGUGUUUGGGGUGUGCUUGGUUUAUGACCUCUUUUCCCUGUCCCACAAGCAAGAUAAGUCGAGCAACGGAGUCGUCCAUCAGCGCAGCCCCCAGCAGCCUGGGAGCCCCCAGCCCGCCUCUCUGCCAGCACACCCUCAUCGGGAGAGUGGGAAGCAGCAGCGGUUCCCUCACAAAGGAGCCUGGGGUGGCUGCCACUCCUCACUGCCACCAGAGCCCAAAAGCAGUGGAUUCCCGGUGUCCCCGCGAGCUGUGUGGUCCCUGAUGAGAUUCCUCACCUACUCCUACCUCUUGGCCUUCAACGUGUGGCUUCUGCUCGCACCUGUCACCCUGUGCUACGACUGGCAGGUCGGCAGUAUUCCUCUGGUAGAGACCAUAUGGGACGUGCGGAACGUAGCCACCAUCCUCCUGGCAGUUGUGAUGGCCUUACUGAGCCUGCACUGCUUAGCAGCCUUUAAGAGACUGGAGCACAAGGAAGUGUUAGUGGGCUUGUUGUUCCUGGUGUUCCCGUUCAUCCCAGCCAGCAAUCUCUUCUUCAGGGUGGGCUUUGUGGUGGCGGAGAGAGUCCUUUACAUGCCUAGCAUGGGCUACUGCAUCCUUUUUGUGCAUGGAUUGAGCAAGCUCUGCACUUGGCUGAAUCGAUGUGGAGCCACCACCCUCAUUGUGUCCACUGUGCUGCUGCUGCUGCUUUUCUCUUGGAAAACUGUGAAACAGAAUGAAAUUUGGCUGUCAAGAGAGUCCCUAUUCAGGUCUGGAGUUCAAACUCUGCCCCACAAUGCCAAGGUUCACUACAACUAUGCCAAUUUUCUGAAGGACCAAGGUCGGAACAAGGAAGCAAUCUACCACUACAGAACGGCCCUCAAGUUGUAUCCGCGCCAUGCAAGUGCCCUAAAUAACCUUGGAACGCUGACAAGGGACACAGCAGAGGCAAAGAUGUACUAUCAGAGGGCUCUCCAGCUACAUCCACAGCACAACCGGGCUCUUUUUAAUCUGGGCAAUCUCCUUAAGUCCCAGGAGAAAAAAGAAGAAGCUAUCACCUUACUGAAGGAUUCCAUUAAAUAUGGUCCAGAGUUUGCAGAUGCAUAUUCAAGCUUAGCUUCGUUAUUGGCUGAGCAGGAGAGAUUUAAGGAAGCUGAAGAAAUAUACCAGGCUGGAAUAAAGAACUGUCCAGACAGCUCAGAUUUACACAACAACUAUGGGGUUUUCUUAGUUGAUUCUGGCUUUCCAGAGAAGGCAGUGGCCCAUUACCAACAGGCCAUCAAACUUAGCCCCAGUCAUCACGUGGCCAUGGUGAACCUGGGGAGACUCUACAGGUCACUGGGAGAGAACAGCAUGGCUGAAGAAUGGUACAAACGCGCCCUGCAGGUGGCACACAAAGCUGAAAUCUUGUCACCUUUGGGAGCAUUAUAUUACAACACUGGCCGAUAUGAAGAGGCUUUGCAGAUUUACCGGGAAGCUGCAGCACUUGAGCCUUCUCAAAGGGAGCUCCGCCUGGCACUGGCUCAGGUUUUGGCUGUGAUGGGUCAGACGAAAGAAGCUGAAAAGAUGACCAACCACAUUGUGUCAGAGGAGACUGGAUGCCUCGAAUGCUACCGCCUCUUGUCAGCAAUCUAUAGCAAGCAGGAGUACCACGACAAGGGAAACUAUGUGUCUGCAAGGGCUUAUUAUGAGAAAGCCUUACAGCUGGUUCCAGACAGCAAACUGCUGAAGGAAAAUCUUGCCAAAUUGGAUCGCCUAGAAAAACGAUUGCAAGAAGUUCGAGAAAAGGAUCGAACGUAG